CCGGAAGUGAGCUGGAGCUGUCGCCGUGGCCGAACCGGAAAUGCAGCGUUACCGGGAAACAUGGCAGCAGGAACAGUGGGUGCCGGGGAGGGAGCGGAGGAUGAAAGGGACAUGAAGCAGAUUCAGGCGGAUAUGAGGGAGUCCGGGGCCCAGCUCGGCCGAGGCACCGGGGACAGAGGGAACCGUCGGCUGAAGUACCUGAGUCUGGCCGUGCUGGUCGUACAGAACGCCUCGCUCAUCCUCAGCAUCCGCUACGCCCGGACCCUCCCCGGCGAGCGCUUCUUCUCCACCACGGCCGUCGUCAUGGCGGAGAUCCUCAAGGGAGUCACGUGCAUUCUGCUCAUCCUGGCACAGAAGAGGGGAAAUAUCAAGGAGCUUGUUGUGUUCCUGUACGACUCGGUCAUCGUGCAAUACGUGGACACCCUGAAGCUGGCCAUACCCUCCUUGAUAUACACUCUGCAAAACAACCUGCAAUACGUGGCCAUCUCUAAUCUCCCCGCAGCCACGUUCCAGGUCACGUAUCAGCUGAAGAUCCUGACGACUGCCCUCUUCUCGGUUCUUCUCCUGAGAAAGAGUCUGUCCCGGCUGCAGUGGGGGUCGCUGGUGAUCCUGUUUGCUGGCGUGGCCAUCGUUCAAGCAGAACAGUCUGGCGGAAAGGAGAGCGUGGCUGCAGGUGGUCAGAGCUACGUGGUUGGCCUGGUGGCCGUGGCUGUCUCAUGUCUCUCCUCGGGCUUUGCCGGCGUGUACUUUGAACGCAUUCUGAAGGGCAGCUCUGCAUCUGUGUGGCUGCGCAACGUUCAGUUAGGCAUCUUUGGCACAGCCCUGGGACUACUGGCCAUGUGGCAACAAGAUGGCGCUGCAGUGGCUGAACAUGGUUUCUUCCAUGGAUAUACACCUCUUGUCUGGUGUGUCAUCUUCAAUCAGGCAUUUGGUGGUCUCCUAGUGGCUGUGGUGGUGAAAUAUGCAGACAAUAUCCUGAAAGGCUUUGCCACGUCUCUGUCUAUCGUGGUAUCUACAGCUGCCUCUGUUCACCUCUUUGGUUUCCACGUGGAUGUUCCAUUUGCUCUUGGUGCAGGACUGGUAAUCGGGGCAGUAUAUCUAUACAGCCUCCCAAGGACGCCAGAUCCUCCUCCCUCCUCCGCCGGUCAGGCUUCCUCCCACAAGGAGAUCUUCCUUCCCAAGGUCAUUUCCAAGCAGAAAGGCUCGUGAUGGCCAUCCGGCGGGUACGUGGCCUAUACUGCCCCUCACCGGCCUGCGUGUCUUCUUCACAGCUCCAAGUAAAAGCCUGAACACGGAACAGGUCCGAUGGACGAGGGGGUACCACAGAGACCCCCUAAGCAUGCUGGGCGAAAAACCUUGACCCUGCUGACUCCCAGCUACUGCAGCCAUCUUUAUACAGCUGGAGGCAGAGUAUCCAUUCGCACAUGUGGGGGCCCCUAGGCAGGUGCCUGAUUGAUAAUCUGCCACUGGGGUGCAAGACCAUCCGAGACCCCCAUUAACCCAGAACAGCAAACGAUGACUGUAAAACCAGCAGGACACGCUAACCAGACGGACACAGAUGCUUUGCUUAAAAAGUGUUGCUGGUGUAGCUUUCAGCAGCUAAAUCUUUGCAUUAAAUCUGCCCCAGCCGGGGCUGUCCGUGG